AUGGGGAGUGAUGUAUCAGUCAGCACACUCUCUGCUCAGCCAAUCACAGAGCUCUAUUGUGAGUCAGAGACCAGGGCGAGUGUUGAUGACAUCACCAGGCCAGGCAGAGAGGGAGAGGCUGGACAGACCCAAAACCACCAGGACAGGAUGUCUUACGGAUCCAUCGAUGGAGGCUCCUUUGGAGGCAGCCGAAACCCCUUCGGAGGCCCCAAGAGGCAGGGCUACCAACCAGUAGCUUGUCAGGCAGAGAGCCAGGACUCUGUCCAGUGUAGCAGCCAGGAGUCCAAGACCCCCUUGCAGGGACAUGGCGACACUAGAGUAAUGACUGUGUCAGUUGUAACAUUAGAGAAGAGUCUUCAAUCAUUGGGAACGUCCAGAGACACUGCUGAACUGCGACAGAGCCUACAUUCUACACAGCAGCAAACCAACAAAGUCAUCACCAGCACCAGUCAACUCAUCAAACAACUCUCUGACAUCAUCACUGGCUCUACACGGCAAGAUCGUCUUCGCCUGACUAGACUUAAGACAGAACUCUCAGAGUCGGUUCAACGCUAUGGAGAUCUGCAAAAGAAAAUUGCAGACCGUUCGAGGGCCUUGCUACCCCCGGCACAGACAGAAAUGAAGCAGGUGACACAGAGUCCCCAGACUCCGUUUGCAGAGCUGUGUGAGGAGGAGGGUCCCCUGUUUGGCGGUGCAGCAGGGAGCUCCGAGGGGGAUGGACAGGAGAAAGCGUUCCUCUCAGAGAUCAGUGAGGAAGACGUGGAGGCCCUUCGCCAGAGAGAAGAGGCCCUGCUGCAGAUUGAGAGGGACAUGUUGGAUGUCAGCCAAAUCAUGCGAGAUCUGGCCAGUAUGGUGCACGAGCAGGGAGAUGCCAUAGAUAGCAUUGAGGACCACAUUCAGACCACCACAUCCAACGUGGAGUCAGCCAAUCAGGAGCUAGCAAAGGCCAGCCAUCACCAGGUGCAGUAG